AUGUCAGACAAAUCUAUUGUACUACCGCGUCCUGGAAAAGCAAGUCCUGGCGUCGUGCCGCACACAGUUCAAGCGCCAUCCGAAGACGCAUUCGUCGCAACCUUCGGUAGCCUGCUACCACAAGCAUCAUAUCUACAGACGCCUAAUGGCAAAGCCGCAUACUACGAGCUGCUACCUUCAUCUACUCCCACAGACCACGAAGGGCCAAUUUCCCGCGUAUUAUUCGUUCACGGUGUACAGACACCCGCAAUCGGGCUACAGCCACUAGCAAAUGCGCUAUCUUCGCGCUUCCCACUCGCCCACUGUGUACUUGUUGAUCUAUGGGGCCACGGGCUUACAGAAACUCCUGUUGUACCCCACGAGCCGGCAAUUUUCCAUGGAUUGCUGGUGGCUUUGAUGGAGCAGCUUGGGUGGGGUAAUGCUCAUCUGGUUGGUUAUUCAUUUGGCGGGUCAACCACUGCGACUUUCGCCGCUGCGUUCCCCGAACGUGUUGCUUCCAUGGUACUAGUUGCGCCUGCUGGUCUACUGCGCGCCGCCAACUUUACCGAGUUGGAGAGGACUUAUUUGCGUGGGGGAGAAGGAUUAGAGGAUCAAGCACGGGCUUGGAUCUUGGAGUUCUUAGAAGGGGGGCAGCUAGUUAUUCCUUCUGAUUGGAGGGAGAGAGUUGAUCGAGGUGAAGUAGUUGCGGAGGCUGUUCGAGAUUGGCAAAUGAAGGAGCAUGAAGGUCAUGCUGCAAGCGUAGUAGGUAUCUUCAGAGAUGGCGGUGUCAUGGACAAACAUGCUGGAUUUGCUGAAGCAGCGCAGAAGGGCAUUAAGAGUCUGUGUAUUCUAGGGGAGUUGGAUAACUUGUGUACUGUCCAGGAUCUUCAUGAUGUUGGCUUGCACAAUGUUGCUGUUGUUCCCCAGGUGGGGCAUGGAGUGGUGAGGCAAAGGGUGCCAGAAGUGGCUGGACUGAUCGAGGAUUUCUGGAAUCAGCUCUAG